UCACUAGACACAGGUGUUCUCUAGAGAGAGGUGUUCACUAAGACAGGUUUAACUGUAAUUUGUAAAAGACAAUAAGUUUAGAGAAUUAUUUACAUUAUAGAAACUAGCAUCAAAGGUCAUCAAUCUCCACAGAUUGAGAGUAGAGAAACUACAAGAUGUUAUGCUACCCAAUCAAUAACUCGCUUUAGCGAAACACUUUCUAGCCCGUUCGUGUGUUCUUUGUAUGGCAUGUGGAGACGUCAAAACAAAAUUGUUUGUGCAAAUACUGAAGUAUUCUUGAAAUUGUACACGUUUAACCAGUAUGUGAAUACAAUAAACAAGUAUAUGUGAAGGAGGAAUAUCUAAGUUUGUCACGCAACACCUUGUUACUGACAAAUGUACAAUGUACUCCAGAGAAAACGUUUGAUAAUAUUUUUAUCAAUUGAAUUUUUAUCUGUCAAAAUCAAAGAUGGAGGACAGGCAAAAAAUACUGAAAGGAAACUUAGGGAAUAUCCCAAGAGCUUCUUCCAAGGUUAUCAGGGUAUUCACUAGUUCUACAUUCUCAGACAUGAUUCAAGAACGUAACAAGUUAAUGUCUGAUGCAUACCCAAAGUUAAAGUCCUACUGUAGAGACAAAUAUGGUUUAGAGUUCCAGGUGGUUGAUAUGCGUUGGGGUGUGCGUGAUGAGGCCCAAGAUGAUCAUAUGACCAGUGGACUUUGUAUCAAGGAAAUCAAAAACUGCCAGGACAUUUCUAUGGGUCCUCACUUUGUGAUGUUGAUAGGCCAGAAAUAUGGUUACAGACCAUUCCCACCUAAGAUAGAUGCUGUAGAGUUUGAGACUCUCCUGGCUAGUCUGCAUACAACAGAGGGCACUGACACAUCUCUACUUGAGGAGUGGUUUGUCAGAGAUGACAACAUUGUACCCCCUGUGUAUAAUCUGAGGCCUAUUAGUUCUAUACUUACAAACUAUCACAAUAUGGAGGACUCUACACUACGUCAGGCUGACAGGAACAAAUGGUGGCAGGUGUUUGAUGGUCUACAGAGUCUUCUUCAACAAGCUUCUGAUACAUGUGUCAAACAGGGGACCAUUGAACCACAACAAAGGGACAAGUACUUCAUAUCAGUUACUGAAGAUGAAGUGAGAAAUGGGCUCUUCCAAUCUCCAGACCCACCCUCCGAGUGUAUUUGUUUCAUUCGUGACAUCACAGAUAUUGAAGAGCAUCUCGAGCACAAACGUGCACAGAAAUUUGUCGAUCUUGAUCCAAGUGCAGUAAAAUUAGACUUUGAAGCUCAGAACAUGCUUAGUGAAAUGAGAGACCACAAAAUCAAUGAGCUAAUGAAAUCGGAGAAUAUUAAAACGUUUAAAGUAAAAUGGUCAAAUUCAGGUGGGAUAUGCCCCGAUGAACACAAAGAGUAUCUGGAAUAUUUAAAUCAGUCAUAUUAUGAGAAGAUGUGUGCUUUAAUUGACAACAACAUGUCACAGUCGUCAGAUACUAUAACUAAAGACCCCUUAGUUGUUGAAGUCCUUCAACAUUUACGUUCCUGUAAAAGCAGAUGUGAAGUUUUCCAUGGGAGGGGAGAGAUUAUUGAGAAAGUCGAGAGUUAUGUUAAGGGCACAUCUGAUACGCUGUUGAUUGUGCAUGGUUACUCUGGUGCGGGGAAAACAUCUAUCUUGGCUAGAUCUGCAAGUUUCAUUACAUCUUGGCUGUCUGAGGCUUCACCUGUAACAGUUCUGAGAUUUCUGGGAACCACCCCCCAGAGCAGUUCCGUUAGACAGACCCUGUCGUCCAUAUGUAGACAGAUCUCUGAAGUUUAUGAGAGAGACAUAUCUGCUAUUCCUGAUGACUACUCACUCCUUGUCUCCUACUUUCAGGAGUUACUUAACGUGGCAACCAAAGAAAACCCAUUAGUUCUAGUCCUGGAUUCUCUUGAUCAACUCUCAUCUUCCCAUCAUGCACAUGGGCUGUCAUGGCUACCGAAGCAACUUCCUGUGAAUGUUCGUGUCAUCAUAUCUACUCUCCCUGAAAUGUACAACAUUCUAUCCACAAUCCAAAAACAUAUCAUGGACCCCCAGGCUUAUGUAGAGGUCACCCCAUUGGGUCAAGCCCUUAGUAUGGAUAUCAUAAACUUAUGGCUUGAAGCAGCCAACCAUAAAAUAACUGAAGAUCAAUCUAAAGUCUUGAGAGAUGUCUUCAAGAAAUGUAGUCUUCCACUUUACAUGAAGUUGGUGUUUGAUGAAGUAUGUAAAUGGAAGUCAUACAGCCCUUUAGAUACUUUAAGGCUGGCAGACUCAGUGCAGGGGAUCAUUCACACAUUAUUUGACAGACUAGAGCUACAACAUGGAAGGACGUUGGUGUCUCAUUCACUUGGCUAUAUUACAGCAUCUACCACUGGUCUCAGUGUUGCUGAACUAGAGGACUUGCUCUCAUUAGAUGACGAUGUGCUAGAUGAAGUGUUUGUUUACUGGUUACCUCCUAUUAGACGAAUUCCCCCUCUGCUCUGGGCCCGCAUCCACAAUGACCUAGAUAGUUAUAUGGUCCUUAGAAAAUCUGGAGGUAGCUCUGUGAUGUACUGGUACCACAGACAGUUUAUUGCAGUAGCCACUGAGCGUUAUCUCUCAGAUGAUACAACUCGCAAAAAUCUCCAUUCCAAGAUGGCUGAUUACUAUAUGGGUCUAUGGGGUGGAGGGAAAAAGAAACCAUUCACAUAUACAAAACAUCAGAUGUCUCGAAUGGCUUUAAAAGACUCACAAAGCGAAGCUGACAGAAUUGUACCUGUCCAGCCCCUGGUGUUCAGUCAGGAAGCUGACAACACUCAACCAACAGGAAACAUUAUGUAUAAUUUACGGAAAAUGAGUGAGUUGCCACAUCAUUUAUAUAACAGUGGACGUUUUGAGGAGCUUCAGAAACUGGUCUUGUUUAACUACGAGUGGUUGUUCCUAAAACUCAAAGCAAAGUCACUCCAGGAUGUGUUGUCUGAUUUUAGACUUGCUCAGAAUGAGCAGGGCAUACUCGAAGGUGAUGUACGUCUUUUACAUGAUGCCCUUCGUGUAUCAGCAACAACACUUAACGCAAAUACAGAUACUCUCCCGAAUGAAUUGUUUGGUAGUUUGUGCAUUCACCAGAUGGAAUAUGACAACAUUAGGGAUGUGUUAGAACAACACAACCAGUGUGACGUUAACAAUGGAAUGAGGAGUUCCUUGAUGCCUGUCUAUCAAUGUUUUGAUCCCCCAGGUGGUGCUCUGUUGUAUAGUCUCGAGGGGCACAAGAAAUCUCCAGCUAAGGUGCUAUUCUGUGAAACAACCAAUGAGCUGAUAUCAGCAGGAGUUGAUUCGACAAUCAUAUUCUGGGAUUUACGAACCGCUGAGCAGACAAGGCGGAUUACAAUUCGAAAAGAUAUAACAACCACCCGCUUUGCUGAACUACAGAUCAUCAGCCCAGAUGGCAUGACAAAAUACCUCUUUUACAUGACGUUUGAUCGGAGCCAGUCUGUGAAUUAUAUCUUGAUAUAUGAACUCAUCUCUGGUGUUCUCUUGUCAACAGUCCGGCUGGAACAUCGCCAAUUUUCUAAUAACAGGGUAUCGACCAAUAACAUUGUUGCAUGUCAGAAUGCUCUCUAUGCGAUUCCAAGUGGUGAUUUGGUGCAUGAUUUUAGUGAAUUGCGACCCAUCAAGAACUAUGCCAAUGUGGCCAUGACUCCGGAUAAUUGUCUAUACAUUGUAGGAGAUGAUAAAGGAAUUGAUAUCAUUAACGUUACAGAAGAGAAGAUUGUCGAAUCCAUUCCUUGUGAAAAUAGUCCAAGUAAAUUGACAGUGACAACAGAUGGGAAGUGGCUUUAUGUUGGUUACAUCAUAGACUGUUUACUAAAGGUGUUCAACAUAGAUCCUACCAGUGACACCUUUGGGUGUCUUCAGCACAUUUUCAACUACCAGGAAAGGUUUCCAGAUGUAACAUUCUUAGAGGGAGAGACUUAUUCCAAAGAGAUCUCUUGGCUUUGUCUAUCAAAGGACAACAAGCUUUGUUUGAUCAACUUGCGCAGAUGCCAUCUGAUAGUCUGGAACACUGAGCAAGACACCGCGAUAAUCCUUGACGAUCCAGGCCCAACUGAUGAUGUUGCAUCUAGGAGCAAGGAAACACAUGGCAUAUACUUCUCAGAAUUCACCUCAGAUGGGAAUAUUGCAGCAGCAGUGGGUACCGACCUUGUUUUAUGGGAUUGUGAUACAGGAUCAGUGUUAGCAAAAUUCAAACCCCAUGAUUCACUAAUGGCAUCAAUAACUGGCGGAACCAGUCCCGAUGGAUCACCUCUAGCAGUUACUCUCUCCUUUACAGAGCAGGCCAUCAAAAUGUGGGAUUUGAAUAAAGCUUUGGAUAGCAAGGAAACCAGUGUGAAGUUUCACUCUAUGCCUAUUGAUGUGAUUGCUGCUGCUAAGGACACUGGAGAAAUCUACAUAGGAGCAUAUAAAAGACUAGAUGCACCAUUAGGGCAUGGCUAUACUUAUCUCAACUAUUUUUCUCUAUACAUUUACAACAUCCACACUAACACCCAACUAUCCCUGCUGCCCUUUGGUAAUUAUGGGCGACUGGAGAAGUUAUCAACAUCUACAGAUGGGGAGCUUUUGCUGAUGUUAGUGAAGAGGGUGAAGAAUGACCAAUAUGUCAUAGCAGUUAAUGUUCCCCAAAAUAAACUCAUUGGUGUGUAUUCACAUGAGAAUUGUGAGGCCAUGGUUCUGAGUGGGGAUGCCCAGUGGCUAUGUACUCAUGCUCCGGGUUCUAGUACAUGUGCACUUAAGCUGUGGAGACUAGGGAACGAUACAACAGUAAAUACAUGGAAGGAGGCUAGAAGCGCUUUAUUUUCUAAUGAUUCAAGCCACCUUAUAGUUGCAACAAGAAGAUCACUCAUUGAGGUGUUCUCUUUGGAACAGUUACAAAUAAAGAAAACUGUCAAAAUAGAUGGUGCCAUAGCUGUUCAAUCUUUAGCGCCUAUUCCUCAUAGCAACGAUGAUAUUAUCAUAGAAACUAACAUCAAGAAAGUGAUAAAUAGCAAGAAGACGAAUGUCAUCUCUAUUUCUAAACUAAACACUGUGACACAAGAAAGAUCCACAGAAAUAUUAAACGGUGAAGACCAUAUUAUCCAAGAUGUAACCGAUGAUGGCUUGAUUGCUGUUGAUAACUCUCUGAGACUGAUUGACUUCACUCAUGGUAAAAUUGAUGAACACCCACAUGUUGCAAAGCCCCAUACGGUGUCCCAUAUUAGACUCACCAAAGAUGGGGACCAUAUAAUCUGGUUUGACAAACCUACAGAGACACUACGUAUGAUGAACACAAAAACACAUAAACUCAAAGCCAAUUUUAGUACCCAUUCCCCAGUAACAUCACUUGAAAUGUUGCCCAAUGGACUCUUGUUCUGUGGUACAAACAAUGGUAAUGUAUUAACUUUGAAAGUAUGUACUGAUGAGGACAAGGACUCUUCUAAGGACAAUACAACUCAGGCACGUGAAGUUGAAAAGCCUAAUGCUUCUAGUGAUACAAUGUUGAGUGAAGACAUUCAGGAUGUUCUGAAAAAAUUAGCAUUUGUUGUAAGAAAUGUUAUCGAAACCAACGAUGAAGAGACCAAAACAAAGAGUAGUACAUGUUCUUUGAUAUAA